AGUCCAGCUCUAUCAUACUGUCCAUUGGCGACUCUCUGCCUCACCUAGUGGCUUUAACCCGCACUGCCGCUGGGUUGUGCGCACUGCGUUCUGGGAGGUGUAGUUCUGGAGCCAUCGGUGCUGUGAUUGGAGCAGAUGGCAGGGACUGCCGGCGUACUCGCCCGGUUGCGCCUGUGCGUUGAUGGGGAGCGGCGCUGGCGGCUGGAUCGGGAGUUUGACUGAGUACUGAAGAUGGAUGACAACAUUGAAGUAAUCCUCAACACUGAAGUAAAGCAGAAAGAUCCAAUCAAAGCCGUAACAAUUGCCAUCUCAGCUCGAGCUCUCUUUGAUAUGGAAGAAGAGCAUGAAUUAUUCUUGACAGAAGGCCCUGAAGAAUAUAUCAAUUACCAGAUCAGUAAUGAAGACAUACCUCUAAAGGAAGGUAUUGUUUUGCCAUUCAUCAGGGCUGUUAACAUGGUAAAUAAAAAGUUGCUGAAGUUGAAUCCUGAAGAAAAGCAACUCUUUGAAAUUCUCCUUCUGUCAACUCACAGUGCUGAAGGUGGGGUGCGGAUCAUUAACAGUGUAAAUUAUUACGGUUUGGAUAUCAGCAAGUUUUGCUUCUUGAAUGGAAAAGAUCCUUCAAAAUACCUAAAGUCUCAGAAUGUAAUGCUGUUCCUUUCAGCAUGUGAAACCUCCGUUUGCAAUGCACUGAAAAGAAAUAUUCCUGCAGCACUAAUGCUACAGCAAGAAUGUGCUACAGCAAAAGAGCAACUUAAGGUAGCAUUUGAUGGGGACUCGGUGCUGUUCUCAGAUGAGACUGAUAAUGUAUUCAGAGAGAAGGGUCUGGAGGAAGUCAUCAAAUAUGAGAAGAACCUGGAGCACGUUCCUAUUGGGGAAGGUCCAUUCAAGAUGUUUGCCAUGAUUCUUGGAGAGAUGAAAAAGAAGUUUAGUCCAGAGGAUGACCCAAUCUGCACAUACUUGGUGACUGCAAGAAGUGGCAAUGACUUGGGGAUACGAGCCAUUAAAACUCUGCGUGAAUGGGGACUCAAGAUAGAUGAAGCUUUCUUCAUGGCAGGAGCACCAAAAGGCCCAAUUUUAUCUCAGAUCCAACCUCACAUUUUCUUUGAUGAUAAUAUAGGUAACAUUAACGGAGCACGUGAGUUUGGAAUUCCAGCUGGCCUUGUACUAGCUGGAUGUAAAUAGUUUGUGUGGUGACUCCACACAUGGAUGCAGUGGCAGGUUUAGGGUCUGGCAUUCUCUGACUGUUCUGUCUUUGAGGGUAGUGCCUCACCAGUUGGGAUGCAUAUCAUGCACAGGCAGACUGUGAUCUUUCACCUGUUAAAACCAUGGGCUGCAUGUGCACGAAUUGCCAAUAUGUAUAUUGAACCGGAGUGCACGGUUGACAUUUUUUUCCCUUGUGUAUCUGUAACCCUCCUGCCCAAAGUUCACAUAAUUAAUCCAUUCAUUUCACCUGCUAAAGAGCAUGUGUUUAAAAAGUUUGACCUUUUAACAAUUUGAACUAUUGCAAGAACACCUUGUGAUCAUAAAAUUCAGAAAAAAACGAUUGGAUCAGAGAGCUGGUGCUGGUUUAUUCCAGGCCAGCCAUGAUGGAAUUAACCAUGAUAGAGGUUAAAAAUGCUGAUGGUCAACAUGUUCUGUCAUUUUGCUUUUCUGUCAUGACAUCACCAGAGGCAUUUUUAACUGGCUUACAUUCAUACUUUUUUUUUUGCAAUUAUUCCAUUAAUUUGCCAAGUUCUCUUGGUUUUAUGCUAUGGUUGAAAACGGUGCCAAAGUGAAAGGAAAGGAGCCAUAAUCAUAAGUGAAAUUUUGUGCCCGGUUCUUGAUUGCCUAGCUUAAAGUUACUUCAGUAUGUUAAUAACUGUUUCCAGGAUUUUAGAUAGGGCUGUGGAGAGAGGGAAAACAGUGGAGGGUGUUAAGCCACUUCCCUGUACCAGCAAUAUACCACCAGAAUUUCUGCUCUUCUGCAUUCUUAACAGCAGAAGGAUAGCAUGCCUUAUAUGCACAUUAUGGGGAAGAGCACAAUAUAUAUUUUGGUUCACAAAAAGGGGUUUUAGAAAGCAAUUCUUUUUCAGUAUCCAACUGGGAUUUCAUCAUUUUACAAGUUGUUACCUGUCAUGUUUUCCUAGACAAGUUCACUGGGAAUUAGGUGUCAAUUCUUACGAAUAAAAAUGCUGAUAAUCACAUUGGUAUAGUUUAAGAUUGAGACUUAAGAAUUUGCUUUUGUGCACAAUUUAGUUAAGAAUCAAUUCAAUCAAAUUGUACAAUGCUAUUCAGUAUUAUGGUGCCAUUGAGAACUUGUACUGUUAAUAGAAAAAAUCCUUAUUUAAAAAUGUAUUACUUGUAAUCUUACAAAUUAAAAACAGUAGGUAGGAAAAGACCAACUGAUUUCAAGUUGCUUCUUUUAGACUUUAGAACAAUUCAGUUACUUUUCAAUUGAUAGUAAUGUAUUGUUGGUGGUAUUAUGCAUGUUAAGAAAUGAGUGGGACCCAGAUUACUAUUUAAUUUGUACUAUACAAGGACUGAAUUGCUAUGUGCUCCGAUCCUAAAAAGAACCAGCAAGUUGUACAUAAUACUGUUCAGUACUCUUUCAAACUGUAAUUGUCUUCAUGUUAUAAUGGGUUGGAGUAUACACAGCAGAAGUAUAGAGGCUUCAAAUAUUUAGGCUUGCAAUGCAGAGCAAACUUUUGAAAGUUGUGUUUUGCAGGUGGAUAAUACCAACCCUGAAGGAAACAACCAAUCAGGUGAAGUGAUGCAAAUUGAGUUGCUUGUUCUUGCUAAACCGUCAACCCAAUUUUCUCUCCAGUUCUUUACCUUUGUAACCUCAUCUGUCUCCAACCAUCUGUUGAAUCUCUUAUCCAUACCUUUGUCAUCUUCAGAUGCUAUUGUGGCUGCCUUCCUACAUUCAAUCACUAUAAAUCUGGACUGCUUGCAUCAUAUACUUCAAGUAUUGUACAUGCAUCACCUCUGUGUUCACUGAUUCAUGUAGACUCUGUUCUUUAAAUUUAAAAUAUUAUUCCUUGUUGUUGCGUCACUCCAUGACCAUCCCCACUAUCUCUAUAAUCUCCUGCAGGUCCACAACAUUCUCACCUUGCAUUUCCCUGUCCUCUGAUUCAAGGUUCUUGCACGUCCCCUCCCAUUGUUUCACCAUUAACACACAAGCCUUCAAAUUCUGCCUUUCAGGCUCAAAGGAUUAAAUCAUUCUGAAAUAACUUGAGCUUGAACAAGAAAAUUCAUUCUUGUUCCACAUGUUGUCCGAAGGUAAUCAGGAAGCAGAUAGUACAAAUAUAUGACAGCAUCACUUGCAAAGCAUUUGGUGGUACCUAUCUUCUGUAUCACCCCAGUUCACAGGGAGAGUACCAGAGUUGAUCCACUUAAGGCGAGGAGUGCAUGCAACAUGCCAUAACAUUGCCCCUGUACUCUGGACAUUCAUGAGCUCUCCUCCUUCACCUGCAAUAUCUAGAACAUUCAGAAUUGAUUGGCUAUGAACUGAAUCAUUGAUUAUGGACUGAAUUGAUUAUGAAAUGCCUUUAUUCUAGCACUGAAUAAAGAAGAAAGUUUGCUAAUAUUAAGAGAAAGAUGAAGCUAAUUGUAUCCCCGUACAUAAGAAAAUCAAAAUUGACAAAGUUCUGUAAGAAAAGAGUUAAUUCAGCAUACAUGUUUUUGAAAUGUGGAAAGCAAAAGCAAUCAUAUGUUAUUAAAGGCUUGCUUGAACUGAA